AUGCCUGAGGUGGCGGGAGAGUUUUCGGAGGCUCUACACAGGGCUCUACACAAGGCUCUACACAGGGCUCUACACAAGGCUCUACACAAGGCUCUACACAGGGCUCUACACAGGGCUCUACACAGGGCUAUACACAAGGCUCUACACAAGGCUCUACACAGGGCUCUACACAAGGCUCUACACAAGGCUCUACACAGGGCUCCACACAAGGCCCUACACAAGGCUCUACACAAGGCUCUACACAAGGCUCUACACAAGGCUCUACACAGGGCUCCACACAAGGCCCUACACAAGGCUCUACACAAGGCUCUACACAGGGCACUACACAGGGCUCUACACAGGGCUAUACACAAGGCUCUACACAAGGCUCUACACAGGGCUCUACACAGGGCUCUACACAGGGCUAUACACAAGGCUCUACACAAGGCUCUACACAGGGCUCUACACAAGGCUCUACACAAGGCUCUACACAGGGCUCCACACAAGGCCCUACACAAGGCUCUACACAAGGCUCUACACAAGGCUCUACACAGGGCUCUACACAAGGCUCUACACAAGGCUCUACACAGGGCUCCACACAAGGCCCUACACAAGGCUCUACACAAGGCUCUACACAGGGCACUACACAGGGCUCUACACAGGGCUAUACACAAGGCUCUACACAAGGCUCUACACAGGGCUCUACACAGGGCUCUACACAGGGCUAUACACAAGGCUCUACACAAGGCUCUACACAGGGCUCUACACAAGGCUCUACACAAGGCUCUACACAAUGCUCUACACAGGGCUCCACACAAGGCCCUACACAAGGCUCUACACAAGGCUCUACACAAGGCUCUACACAGGGCACUACACAAGGCUCUACACAGGGCUCUACACAAGGCUCUACACAAGGCUCUACACAGGGCUCUACACAAGGCUCUACAUAGGGCUCUACACAGGGCUCUACAUAGGGCUCUACAUAGGGCUCUACACAGGGCUCUACAUAGGGCUCUACAUAGGGCUCUACAUAGGGCUCUACACAAGGCUCUACACAAGGCUCUACAGAAGGCGCUACACAAAGCUCUACACAGGGCUCUACAUAGGGCUCUACACAGGACUCUACAUAGGGCUCUACACAAGGUGCUACACAAGGCCCUACACAGGGCUCUACACAAGGCUAUACACAGGGCUCUACACAGGGCUCUACACAGGGCUCUACAUAGGAUUCUACACAAGGCUCUACACAGGGCUCUACAUAGGGCUCUACACAAGGCGCUACACAAGGCUCUACACAAGGCUCUACAGAAGGCGCUACACAAGGCUCUACACAAGGCUCUACACAGGGCUCUACACAGGACUCUACAUAGGGUUCUACACAAGGCUCUACACAAGGCUCUACACAGGGCUCUACAUAGGGCUCUACACAAGGCGCUACACAAGGCCCUACACAGGGCUCUACACAAGGCUCUACACAGGGCUCUACACAAGGCUCUACACAGGGCUCUAGGCUACCAUCUGCUGCUAUUACCCCCCUGCCCUCUCUCAAACCCGUCCGUCACCGCACAAUGA